AUGCUGCCGCCCUUCGACACGGACCCGCCCGAGUGGGGCACGGCUGGCAAACGCGCCCGCGUACAAACCGAUCCGGGCGAUGCCUUCUGCUUUUCCUCCAGAACCGGCCGGAACGGCCUGUCGGGUGUACGGCCGUCCGGGUCGCUUGGACAAAGCCCGCAGCGGGACGACAAAGGCGUCUCGACUGCGUACUCCGGGUUUUCCCGCCUACUGGGCACGUCUCAGGAGUCCAUCUCGACUGCAGAAACUUCUGUGUCCUUCGACGCGCGGCUGCCAAAGUGCGAAGUCGGGGUGCCCGCCUUCUCGUCGCUUCGAACCCCGCCUGCUGACGGCCGGGUCCUGGAGCGCCUCCUAACCACAGCCAGCGACAUCUUUCGACUGCCAAAGAGGUGUCUGUCUCCUCGAAGCAGACACUCGGAAAGUCGGUUCUGCGAGACGCAACGGAGCGCGUCCGUCGCAACUCCAGACUUGGGACGUCAUGCAGGCGACGGGUGCAUCUGCGCCUUGUCCACAGCGUCGCGGGGCUCGGCCGACGACACAGACAGCGUGUGGGAGGCAGCCUGGCCUGCGGAGCGACAGCCGCUGGACGCUCCUCUCCCCUGCUGUCCGGGGCCGAGGGACGCUGCCCUCAUUGGCCGCCGAGGCGCAGACUACGUCGCCAGAGGACAGCGACGCGCCAAUACGGAAAGCCUGGCGAGCAGGGAAGCGACAGACGAGGGGGACCCCCCGUCGGCAGAACUGCCUGAAGACGUCUGGGAACGGUCGGUCCAGCGCAUCCUCGGCGAAGCUGCGUCGGCGUUGCGGCGGUACUCGGUGGAGGGUCGAGACAUCCGGGUUUCUGCUCCGGGCGGGGUCAGCCGUGCACGGGGGGAAGCGCUGUUGGACGACGAGCUCCUCUCGAGGGCCUUCGCGCAAGGCGCGCCUGGGAAGCUGGUGUUGGGGAACAGGUCCGAAACAGUCCAUGCUGACGGUGUCCGGCUCGAGAGAAACUCGGGAGUGAACCGGGAAGGCCGCGGCGCCGCGGCGGCAUCGCCCUUUUGUGUUGGCGACGCGUGUCUGUGUCCCUGCGGGCCCCGAGAGAGCCAGGCGGGACCGUCUGCGAGUCGAGAGGCUGCGGAGUGCCUCGAGCGGCUUCGCGAGAGAAAUCAAGAGAAGGCAGCUCGCCUGAGUCUGGCUCUGAUGCUCUCGCGGAGUCCCCUCCACUCAGCCACCAGUCGCAGUCCACGGACCGGGCGCCUUGAGAGCGACGAAGAAGGGCGCGGCAGAGAGGACGGAGGCCUGCUCGAAAAGCGGGCCAGGCAUGACAUCCCCGCGGCGCUGCGCAGCUCGGUGGAGGCGGCGCUUGCGGGGGAAGAGGACUGGGAAUCCGCGCGAGGUCUGUGUGAUCGAGCGCAGAAACCCCACGUGGACCUUGAGGGGAGACGUGUUCGGUCGUUGCUGAGUGAAGUCGCCGACAGAGUCGAAGGCAAGAGGCGUCGAGAGGAGGAGCCCGAAAUGGCGACCUGUGCGUGCGCGGGACCCGAUGGGGACGAUCGUUUGUCGUGUUUUUCAGCUCGGGCGGCGCCCAGAGCGUUUGACAGGCUGUGCCUGGAGACGUCUCUGCGGGCGGGCCUCACUGGGGAUCGGCACUCGCCAUGCCGACGGACCUUGAGCAAGAGUUUGAACACAGAGCUGCCGGCGCUUUCUUUCCGCGCGCGCGGGGACGCUGGAUUGUCUCCGGCGGGUGGGCAGACGCGAAGCCGUUGCGUUGACGACGAUUUAAGGAACCCGAGUCCUCGCGAAAGGGACACUGCGUCUUUCCCCGCUUCUUCAUUCUUCGUGCCAUCCUUGCGCGGUCACCAGGGGCGGCGCGACAGACAGGCGCCGUUGAGCGACCCGGAGGCGAGCGAGGAACAGGCACGGCAAUCGGACCUCGCCGCAGCCGACGCGGGAUUCUUCGUGCCGCAGAAAGGCCGGUCUCUCGGUGGCCCACCGGACCGUGAAACUGAGGACAGCGACGACGGAAAGUCUCGCAGAAGGGGAAUUGCGAGACUGACGCGUGCGACGAGUCCUGGGGACAAGGAAGGCGCCGGGAACGGGCGCUCGGUGGCGUCUCUUGGCGUGGACGCGCAAAGACACGAACGCAAUGGACGAGGCGACGAGGAAGAUCGGAAUCUGCCGGACUGCUGGACCAUUGGGCAAAAAGACCACUUCACGGAAAAGUACAAGUGGCUGUUUUUGAGUGGCGGGAUGCUUGGGUGUCUGUACUGCCGAGCGAUGAAAGACAGGGGUCUGCGCGCGCGGAAGCGAGGCAUGAAAAUUGUAAGCCACUGGGCAGACGGAGCAGUGAAGCCUUCGGGAGCGUCAAGGGUCACCAACAUGCGAAGUCUACGCAAGAAAAUUUGCCGUCACCAAGACUCCCGCACUCAUAAGGAGGCUGCAGAGUUGCUGGGUGAAGCUUCGCAGAAAGACGCCUGUGAGCGGAGUCAGAGAGGAAUGUACGAGGCUGCGAAGAUGGCUUUGCUCACUUCCCCCCCCGCGGCAGCAGACGACAAAGACGACUGUGCAGACGAACUCCAUUCCGAUGAAGCAAGUGACGAGAGCGACGGCGGCGAGCCCGGAGACGAACCUGAGAAUGGCGCUGGCAGUUCAAGAGGAGGUCGGGGGCCUGCUUCCGGGGAUCGCGAGCGACUGCACGAGGAAGAGGACGCCUCCGUCAACUCGAGAUCUAAAGAGGAAAAGCGCGAGAAAAAGAGUGUAGAGAAAAAAAGCUCGGCGGAGGCAGCCGAAGCGAGCGGCGUUGUUGGUAGUCGAGAGCGGCUAGGGGAGCGGGACGAGGAAACCCCUCUCCAGGCGAGAGACACUAAGGCGGUUCUGGAAUCAGGCGACGAUACAGAGACACAGAAGCAAUGA